CAUUUACUGGACCACUUUUACAGUGAAGGCUGAAGACUACAUGUUUUUUUUUUCCCUAGAUUUUUUUCAGAUUUGCAGUCUGGAGGAGCCAAGAGUCACAGGUUUGUUGUCAUUUGCCUGGAUACGGUGGUUUAUCUUGCGAUGCUGCAGGGUUAACAGAUGCUCGCAGAAAAUCCCAUCGACAUCACAUUAAAAUUAUGAUAAUGCUGGACGAGAGCGCAGAGCUGUCUGUCUCUAUAACGCAGAUUGUUCAGCGGCUCAAAGGGACUCAUUUACACUCUCAGCUGGAGAAACAGGCUAAAGAAUGUUUGCACAAACCCGAAAUUAAACUGGAAACACUGAAAGAUGAUGUCAGAAGAUUGUUAAAGGCCUCAGGUUGGGAGAGAAAAUUACAAAAUGCUGUUUACAGGGAAUUACACAUUCUGCCUCCCCCUGGGCACCCUAGAGCACCUCCUGAACACACCAAAGAGCCCUUGGCAUAUAUGUGCAAAGCACAGGUGAACUGGGAGAAGAGGAUCCUGAAGAGUUUGAACAGUAUGUGCACUGAGUUGGGAAUUCCACUAGCACGGAAGCGGCCAGUCACAGAGCAGAAAGAGCUGACAAAUAAAUGGAACGAGAUGGGAACUGAUGAACCAGACCUAAGCAAAUUCAGGCCUGUCUAUGCACCCAAAGACUUCCUUGAGGUGUUGGUUGGUUUAAGAAACCCAAAUAACGAGCGCAGUGAAGAUCUCACAGUCAGAAGCCAUUGGGGAUUAAUCCAGGUUUCCCUCAAUAUCCGUGACAUUCCUCAGAUGAGGGAAAUGUAUCCAGAGCUAGGUCUUUCUUAUGGACAGCUUGGUAUAGAUGAUCACACUCAUGUACCUCCAGAUUUGUUCGAGAGUGAGCACAUUCACAUAGGAAAAAAAGUGGUGAGCGAGCAAGACAGUGCAGCAGCGCAGCAGUACAGCAGGCAGGGCUGCCCUACUGGUCUCAGGGCCCAGCUAUGGUCUCUUAUCCUCAAUACUACGAACGAUCCUGAGGACAUUACACAAUAUGAACAGCUGAAGGCUAGAGUCAUUCAUCAUGACCUGCUGGUGGACAACCUAAUAUAUAAGGAUGUAAAGCUCACUGCAAGUAAUGAUGAUUACUACUUCGUGUUUGAGGACUAUUUAUAUCAAGUCUUGCUGUGUUUUUCUCGAGACACUGCAGUCCUAGAGCAUUUCAGCUACAACAGCGCUACACCGCCUAAAUCUUGCAUCCAAAGCAAGUCUGGCUCAGAGCAGAGUGCUGUGGUUUACCCCCCGAAUGGUGUCAUCCCAUUUCAUGGCUUCUCAAUGUACGUGGCCCCACUGUGUUUCUUAUAUAAUGAGCCGUCAAAGCUGUACAGCGUGUUUAGAGAGAUGUAUAUUCGCUACUUCUUCAGACUACACUCUAUCUCUUCACAUCCGUCUGGUAUAGUGUCUCUGUGCUUGCAGUUUGAAAGAUUACUGCAGACUCAUCUCCCCCAGCUUUUCUACCAUCUACGAGAAAUCGGAGCCCAGCCAUUGCGAAUUGCCUUUAAAUGGAUAGUUCGAGCCUUCUCAGGAUACCUGUCCACUGACCAGCUCCUAUUGUUAUGGGACCGCAUCCUUGGAUAUGAUUCCUUAGAGAUAGUAGCAGUCCUGGCCGCUGCCGUCUUUGCCUUCCGAGCCGAAAACCUAAUGGAAGUGACAUCACUGGCAUCAGCUGAGGCUGUUCUUGCUGACCUCUCAACCCUGAAGGUGAUGCCCUUGCUGCAGAUCUUCCUCUUCGCCACCUCCGUCUGAGAAACAGGCUGUGCGUUUGUCUGCUGUGGUGACUGGAUGUUCCAGUCCAUUUUGUAUUCAUGCUGACUUUAAAGGGAUAGUUCACCCAAAACUUUAAACUGUUUAACUCAAAUUUACUAAUGGUCAUGUCAUUCCAAAAUAACAUUCGUAUAACAUUAGUAUGCUUGUAUGGCUUUGUCUUAUUUGGAACAUAAAGGAGCUUUUUUUUAAAGAAUGUUGGUAAUCACACAGUUUUGAUUACCAUUGUGUGGACAAAAGCAUUUUUAAAAUAUGUACUUGCAUGUUCCACAGAAGAAUGAAAGUGUUGGUGUGGCACAACCUGAGGAUGAGUAAAACAUGACAGAAUGUUUAGCUAUGAAGCGACUUUACUUUUCACCUGACGUAACUGAUUCCUCCUAUUUAUAAAUCCAUAAUUUCUUCCACCAUUUUGGUUCUGUAUGUAACAGCCUCUCAAGAUUCAGUGAGUUCCAAAUAAGUCCCACGCUGCUCCUUUUUUACAUAGAAAUGCAUUUGAUUACAGGAGCACAGUGAAUUGCAGAUGGCACAUUUCAGGUUGAACCAGGUUGACGAUUUCCAGUGAAUUGUUUGAACUGCAAUAGUGACACAAGGGGGAAAAACACUAGGAACAGAAUAAUUUAUGAAUUAUAUGUUGUCUUUUUUUUUAAAUCUUAAACAUACCUUUUUUUAAAACAUAUUCUUAUUUUGGAAUGUUAUGAAUAUGUGACUCAGGACCAUAAAACCAGUCAUAAGUCACAUAUAUUUGUAGCAAUAGCCAACAAUACACUGUAUGGGUCAAAAUGAUCAAUUUUUCUUUUAUGCCAAAAAUCAUUAGGAUAUUAAGUAAAGAUCAUGUUCCAUGAAAAUAUUUUUUCCUACUGUAUAUUUAUCAAAACUAGUAAUAUGCAUUGUUAAGAACUUCAUUUGGACAACUUUAAAGAAGAUUUUCUCAGUAUUUUAUUUUUUUUUAUUUUUUGCAACUUCAUAUACCAAAUUUGAAAAUACAGUAGUUGUAUCUCGGCCAAAUAUGGUCCUAUCCUAACAAACCAUACAUCAAUGGAAAGCUUAUUUAUUGACUGGUUUUGUGGUUCAGGGUCACAUACGUUGACGCUAUAUUAUCACUGCAAACCUAACAGAAUACUGUAUGUUGUUAUUGCUAGCUAAAACAUUUACAAGUCAUUUUUAUUAAUAAAGCUGAAAAAAACAAUAUUAUUUUACAAAAAUUACAAUUAAAUAUUAUUUUACAAAAAUUAAAAUGUAGUCUAAAAUAUAUAAUAAAAGCUAGUUCAAAAAUUAAUAAAUACUAAUAUAUAAAUAAUUUUAAAAUAACACUGGUUACUCUUAUAUAAUAUAAUGCCCUAGAAUUGCAUAUUGGCCAAAAACACAAAAAAAGUCUUCCAUGAUAACGAGGUUCAUUCUGAAAUAUAUUUUAUAUGUUAAUGGUACAAUUUGUACUAGAAACAGUAUUUGUAGUUGCAGUGUAACUAAUAAAGAUUCCCAGAUAAGGAUCUUAAGAAUAGUGAAAGUCUUAAAAUGAUAAUAGAUGCCAUCUACUGCAGUUAGGAUACUUGGAUAGGAUGGUUAUCCUUUUGGCUUAGUACCAGUGAAUUUGGAUGAAAGCACUUAUCAAACUUUGAACGUAAGUGUAAUGUCCUUGGAUAACAGAAGCAGCACUGAUGGAGAUACGUAUUUGCCUUUCAUAUUUGCAUAAUGGCUGUUUCGUGUGACUGUUAAUAAACGCAGAUCUAAUUACACUACCUUAGAUCGACAAAAAAUGUUAUUGAUUUGAAAGAGAAAUGCAGGUAAUUUUGAAGUCAUACCAAAUGAAUUGUGUUUUGUUGUCUGUACAUCUGUUUGUUUCGAGAACGGGGGCACAUCUCUGCAUGUCCAAUAAUAUAACAUAUUUGAUGCAAAUUGCAAUUAAUUAAUGUUUAUUAUCUUUUAUCUCUAAUGUUUAUUUUCUUUACACUAACAUUUGUUUAUAGGUUACUUCUGUUGUUGACAGGAGCUAUUAUUAAUUUAGAUAUAAUUUUUUUCAUAUUUGAAAGCGGACAUUUUUGUAAUAUUUUGAAAUAUAUGUUGCAUAUAUGUACAAGUAUCUGACAUAUAUUUUGUAUAUCUCUGUAAUCCAUACAUGGACAUAUAUAUAUAUAUAUGUGUUUUACAUAUAUUGCCAUACAUCAGAUUUUCGUAUGAGGAAGCAGUUUUCUGAAGCAGAAAUGUAUAAGAAUUGCCUGAAUCAUAUCUUAAACUGUUAAUUCAUUAUUCAUUCAGUAUUAGCUGUACAGUAUAAACACGAUUUCACGUUGUUAAGAGCAACUCUUACAUUGCCUGACAUUUAUAUGCAUUUCAACCAUGAAUAUUUAUUUCAAUAAAUUUAAUUCAAUACAGUCUAAACAGUAAUUUCA